AUGGAGGUAGCGACGGAAAGUUUCUUAAGCAACAUCUUCGAAGCCCGGUAUUGGUUGUAUCCUCUUCAAGGGUUUGGUUAUGCCAUGUGGAUAAACCUGUUUUGGAAAGAAAUGACUUUGAUAUUUUUGACUUACCUGUCAAAGUUAACACUGGUAUCGGUGUUUUACUACUUGCUGUUAUUUCCUUUCGUUCUUGGCAUUAACACUGUAAUGUGGGGUCCACUGGGGAUAACUGUGGCAGUCGUCCACGCAAUAUUACAGGUCAAUAUGUACGCGUCCACACUGACCCGCCUUCACAGUGCCAAGUACGCGCCAUUGAUCAUGGAAAAACUUGUCCGCGCCAAAAACUCGAACAAUGCGAUUGUUGCAAGCCGCAUUUUUAUGCCCACUGUGCAACGUGCCAUUAGCGCAAAACCCAAAAGGCACUUGGCAAAAGCGGUUCCCAUCUUUUUGGCAAAAAUGACUCUCAAAUUGAGUUUCUAUUCCCUGAUAUUCAUGGUGUCUCUGAUACCUAUUGCAGGUGUUUUCCUGGUUAGGAUUAUCCGUUCCGGCACUGUUGGAUAUCUUUACUCAAUCCCAAUAUUGGCUGUCCAGAAACCACUGUCGCUAAAAAAAGGCGAAAUCUUCUACCGGGACCUGGGUAAAAACGUUGCAUUUGGUGUCGUUGGCGGAUUCUUGGAAUUGUUGCCAAUUUUUUCGGGCCUCUGUAUCGCAACUAAUUACAUUGGCCGUGGCUUAUGGCUUCUGGAUGAAAGUGCAAAGCUCGAACCCGGGGUUUCACCGAAGCAGUUCUUAGCUUCCUUAUAA